AUGGCAACCACCGCGAUGGACUACGAAGCCGCAGGUGGCGAUCGGUAUGACGACGAGCCCCCUCGGUAUGAGCGUGACAAUCGAAGUGCCUCCCCCCGACCCAUUCGCGAUGAUAACGAUGGCGGUCGUCGCCGCUCUGCUUCGCCUAAUGGCAAUGCCGACGGCGGCCCCAAGACUUCGUCUGGCCCCCGAGACGACGAUGAUGAUGGCGCCAUCAACCCUGGCUCCAAUCUUUUUGUCACGGGUAUUCAUCCCCGUCUCACGGAAGCCGAGGUGUCCAAGAUGUUCGAGAAAUACGGUGAUGUUGAGAAGUGCCAGAUCAUGCGUGACCCACACACCAAGGAGUCGCGUGGUUUUGGCUUCGUCAAGAUGGUCACGUCUGAGCAGGCCGAGGCCGCCAAGGAAGGCUUGCAGGGAGAACAGAUUGAGGGCCGCACUCUGAGCAUUGAGAAGGCUCGGCGUGCCCGGCCACGCACCCCGACGCCUGGCAAGUACUUUGGACCACCAAAGCGAGACCCUCGCCCUCGCUUCGACGACCGUCGACGAGGCGGCUACAGUGGAGGUCCAGGCGCUUCUGGCCGCGAUGACUAUCGCUACCGUGGGUACGAUCGUGGGAAUGAUCGUCGAUAUGAUGACCGCCGUUACGACGAAGGUAGGGGCGGCUACGAACGUGGCUACCGCGAGGAGCGACGCUACGAUGAUCGCGGCUACGGACGCGACUACGAGCGCAGCUAUGAACGUCGCGACCGCGGCGGCGGCGGCGGCGGCGGCGACGACUAUUAUGGUCGCGAGCGAUACGGUGGGCGCGAGGACCGCGGCGACCGCUACGCUCAGCGUGGUGGGCCUGGUGGCUAUGACCGCGAACGAUACGAUCGCCAGGGCGAACGCGACGUUGCUCGCUCCCGGGAGCCCGCGGCAGGCGGCUCUGGCUAUGGCGAGUCCGGCUCGCGGUCAGAUGCCCGGGAGGCAUAUACAGGCCCUGAGCCCUCGGCGCGAUAA